UUACCAGUAAAUAUAUAUAGUGAAAACACGUCACCAGGAGAUCAGUAGAGAUCUUGACAAGUUUCUUUAAAUGGUUUCUGAUGAGCCGGGCUGCUGUAGUCACUCAACACAAGAAGCAUCAAGAGCCCGGUCGACCAGUUGUCACCCAGGAAGCCGAGUCACUGAACCAGGUAAAGGAUCCCCUGGAAUCACCGGCAGGUAAUCACCAGAUGUGUAAGUCGUCACCUUGACAGAGAAACUGUCAAGCUGUCGCUAAGACUGAUACGCCCCAUCGUGUUGCAGGCAGCUCAUUGAAAAAUUCUAAGGGUCAACUGGUGGUGGAUACAGCAUCAAGUAUAUUUUGUGAGGGAAAAAUCCUCACAGGGUGUGGUGGGUGUGUUGUAGGGUGAGACCACAUAGACAAACUGCUGCGGGCUGCCCUUAGGGGAGCGCUCAAGACGGCGCCCCCAGAUAUGGAUGUUUGUGAGCUAAACGGCCCCUGGAACCGACACAUGACUUCUCCCUACACAUGUGAUGACUUGGGUCUGGAGAAGACCAAGAAUGAUGUGACACCUCUGCCAGACAAGACUCAUGCCAUACAGCAGCUUCAUGCCCUCCUUCCAACCAGACCUGACGUGGCAUUCCUGAGGACUGAUCAUCCCUUCUUGCUGCGCUUUCUAAGGGCUAAAAAAUUCCGGGUGGGAGAUGCUUUCCUCCUCCUGUGCCGUUACUUUGAGUACCGACAACGUCACCGUGAAUUGUUCCGUGGAUUAAAUGUUGGGAGUGGAGGAGGAGAAUGUGGUGGCGGAGGCAGCGAGACAGGAAUACAGACAGCAUUAUUGGAUGGCUUACCUGGGGUGUUGGCAGAGAGAGAUCCUUGUGGGAGACCUAUCAUUGUGCUUUUAGCCAGCAACUGGGACCAUUCUAGAUAUGAUGUGCGUACCGUAUACCAGGCUGUCCUGCUAACGUUGGAACGAUUGGUGGAAGAUGAGGCAGUUCAAGCAGCGGGUGUAGUAGCCAUUCUUGAUUGGUCAAAUUUCCCAGCAAGGCUCACCACAAGUUUGUCACCAAAGCUUCUUAGACUUAUGCUAGAUGGACUUCAGGAUGCAUUUCCUUUACGCUUGGGAGCUUUGCACCUAGUCAACCAACCAUGGUAUGUGGAGGCAGCACUGAGUCUCGCUCGACCCUUCCUCAAGGAAAAACUUCGCUCCAGGAUACAUGUACAUGGGAACAAUCUAGCAACUCUACAUGCUCAGGUACCACCAAGACUUCUUCCUGCUGAGCUGGGUGGUGAAGGUGGAGAAUACCAUGCACACACCUGGGCUGCCACCAUGCUCAACUACAUACCUAGCCAGAACCUGCAGUCUAAUAAUACUAUGACCAGCUCAACUUCUACGAAACCCACACAAGUACAGACACCCACUGAAAAAUCUUCAACUAGUUCCCCAAAAACAUCCAAUGUAACCUCUUCACUCAAUGAAUCUUCCUCGUCUACUGCCAAUACCACCACCUCAGCCUCACAGAGCACCCCAUUGGUAAACAAGACAGAUAAUGUCCCAACAACAUCAGCCAGUUUUGCUUCAUUGAUCUUUGGGAACAUUGGUUCUGAGAGUACCACCACCAAUGGGAAUGCUAGUGAGGGAGAAGAUGUGGCACUUAAGGCUCACUAGUGUCGAAGGUCAAAGAUGCUGGUGAAGAGCAAGAGUUUGGUCAUUGUAUGACAAUAUUUAAGCACAACUACUGUAGCCAAAUCAUGUUCAUUCUUUUGUAAGUCACAGGCUCUGUACCAUUUCCUAUAUUUCUGAUAAGGUGGUCCAAGAAGAAUCUCCCCCCAUAUGAUGGAGGCAGUUUGUACAGUACCUGAACAAAAGUUUUGUUUCAAAAGUCAUAAUGAUUUGAAGCACUGUUCAACGUAUAGUAUUCUGCAUGUUGGGUUGAGAGUCUUAAAGGGUAUUUAUGCAUUUUGCUUUUACUAUAAUAAAUGAGGAGGUUUUAUCACAUUACCACUGUUUACAUUUUACUACUGUACUUUGCUUUGGUCCAAAAUGCACUAGAGGGUAAUAAUGAAGGUAAGUUUUAUAAAUAAACUACACAUUCUUAUAACAAAUUGUGGAGAAGAAAGAGUGUUUCUUACAGACAGAGAAAACUUUUAGGGUUUAUAAGUUUUUUUUAUUUUCCUCUCUAGCAAACAGGCACUUAUACAUUGCCUUCACCAGUGACUAGUUUGUUUUCAUUAACAAAUGAAGAAAAAAUAUAAAUGAACUGUGCUUUUAUCUGGGAACAAACCACUGUGUUUGUUUUUAUAGAUUGGGUCUACAGUAUUAAUGACUAAAGUAAAUGAAAACAAACCAGCCCCACACCCACAACAUAAAUCACUUCAUGUUGUAAGAGGAAAAAAUCACUCUUGUAAAUCCAAAUGAAUUUUUGUCCUGAACCCACAAGUAAGAAACACGUUUUCUUCAAAAAAAAUUUCUUGAAAAAUGUACCCUAUAGCUUCAGAAGCUAGGUUCAGUAUUACCCACAGGACUGAUUAAGAGUAAUUUUGCCUUUAAUUCAUUAAAUAAAAAAUAUAAAAGGAUUCUUGUCAUAGUACUGUAAUGCUCAAUAUCGAAUAUGGACAUCUAAACUUCCUUUACACAAGUUCAAAUUAAUACAAUAUUGUUUUUCUCUUAAUCAAAAUACAGUACACUACUCUAAAAAGUUUUCAUAUUAAGAGUAAACAAAUACUGUAUGCUAUGACAUCUAAAUAAUAUAAUAGGAAAGCCAACAUAUCAAUAAAAUGCUGUAACUUCAUAAAGUAGCCUGAAAUUUGUGGUUUCUCUAAUAACUUGUAAGGCUGUAUCUGUUCUCUGUCUUCCCACACCAUGACACCUUGGGUUGUCUCUUCGGGGGUGACCCAACUUUUGUAGGUUUAAGUCAAUACGGUAACUAGAUGAUGUUAACUCUUUGAAUCAGGGAAUGGUCAGAGGCCUUCAUUUGUUCAGUGGCUUUUUCUUAUUACUGUACACCUUUAUUCAAUGUUGGUGCCACUCAAAAAUUUAAUGUAGAAAAAAUAUAUAUGCAAAUAACAUUAUCUCAUUGAGUGUUGACAUUAUUAAAACUAUGCCCUCGAAAUCCCCAGCUGUUCAUAUACUGUACUGUAUACUGCAGUUGUGAGUUGGUGUAGACUUGUCAGCAACAAUUAAAAGAUAAAGAAAAAUGUCUACAAUAAAGUAAUAUAAAUCAUUGUAGUUCCAUAAAGUUAUUUGUUUCACAUGAUAAAUGAUCAGUGUGAAGCUGUGUAUUCUGAUGAUUAAUUACAUACCCAACACUUCUUCAAAUUUGAAGCCAAAGACUAGUCAAGUAAUAUUAACAUCAAGGUGUUAAACAGGUUAAAUACAGUUGAUGUACACAUGAACAUUAUUGUUCAAGUUAUCAAAGAAAAGUAGUACUCACUGACUCAACUGUGAUCACAUGCAUAAUGCUAAGCCAUAACAGUGCAUCUUUAUGGUGCUGUAUUUAAGUAUCAAUCCCAUUUUGAAGCUUUAUUGUGUGCACACAAUCUAUUGGUGCAUACAGCUGUUCUUGGAAUAAUAUUACAACUAAAAUUAUAGUAUUGACCAGUGUUGGCACUGCAUUACUAUAUUCAGCACAUACCAUCAAACUUUGAUUUAUUUUUCAUACAGGUAAUUGUAAAUACUGUAUCUCACAUUACAUAUGUGCUCAUGUCUCUCUUCAGAGUGCAUUAGGGCUUUUCCUUGAAUGUGUUGCUGAGCUUAACUGCACAAUCUGAAUAAAGGCCUUAUUAUUGUGAUCAACAUUUUGAUAUGGCAGGUGUUAUAUUUUAAUUUUCUUUGAAAUAUGCUUCCAGGCAAUAGUCUAUUAUUUAUAAAUAUUACUAGCUUACACCUGAUGAAGCAAGCAGUACAGUACAGUAGUUUGUUAAAGGUUUUGUACUGUAAUGUUUUGACCGAUGCAUACAUUAUCACAAGAAUAUGUAUCUUCAGUACAACACCUUUUUGUUUGGGUGAAACUGCCACUGUUUUAUAUUUUUCUAUCUUGAAUAUUUCUGUAACAUCUAUCAGUAACCCAUUCUCUUAUAGAAAUGCAUUCUCAGUCAUAUAUUGUACAUGUAUACAGAACCCCACAGUAGAAAGAGUAUGGCUGUCUGGACAUGCCGAGAAAUUUAAUGUAAUAAAUAAAGAAGCACCUUGAAAAUAUUCCUAUGUUCACCUGGUCAUGAGAUGCAUAUGUAUGUAGGCAAGACUAUUUUUAGGAAAUAAAUUUUUUUUACAAAAUUCAA